AUGAUUGGUGUAAAUAAUCAUUAUAUUGAGAGGUUAUAUCUUGAUAAAAGGAGAAAUGAAGAAGUUUAUAUUGAUACAUGUCCACUUCCUCAGCAUCAAAUUGAUGGCAUAAGGUUUUUGUUUAGACAAUUUAAAAAUAAAAAACCGGGUAUAAUACUGAACAAUCCUGAGGGUUAUGGGAAAACUGUGCAAGUGGCACUGUUCUUAAAUGCUGUCCGUAGGAUAUUGAAGAAUCCUGUGUUAAUUCUGUGUAAAGAUGACAAGGAAGUGAAUAAAUGGAUCAACAUUUUUAAGAUGUGGACAAAAUAUACUGAGGACGAUAUAGCAGUUGAUCCUACCAAUAUCUUCGUGAAGAAGUCUAUAUUCAUCAAGAAUGCAACGGAAACAGCGGCGUAUUCCCGGCGCGAUUGGAGCGUGGUUGUGGUGAAGAACGACUUAGUGCAAAAGGACUUGUUAAAAGUGCCCUUCAACACUGCCUACAAAGUAUGGCUGACCACUAUCGAUAUGCGAAAAGACAUUCAAAUGCUGAAUGCAAUUUAUGGCUGGCUGUAUUCAGAGAAAAAAUUCAAUGUAGAAAAUUACCUGGCAUCAAAAACAAAUUAUGAAGGAUCAUUAAAUAAAUUGCUAGUGCUGGACGCAUUCCUAGAAGACAUUGUUAUAGCAAGAAAUGAUUUCAUAACGCCUUUUAAGACUGAUGAGGUUUCACCAGAAGAUGAAAUAUAUAUUUUACCAAAAAUAUCAAAGAAAAACAAAGAUGCAACUGGUACUAAAAUAAAACGCACAAAACGGAAAGUAGAAGAAGACAAUGCUAUGCAUAAUAAAACUGAAUAUACCAAUAUCAAUACUAACUCUAAGUACGAUUUAGGCGUUUCUAAUAUGGUAAUGGAUACCCAGGAUUUUAUAGACGAUUUCAAGAUAGAUACAUAUUCUAAUAGUAAUAAUAGGUUUAAGAAGAAAGGAGAUGAAGAUGAAAAAGAUGUAGAGAAGUUUAACCGUGAUAAAGAUAUAUUAGUGCAUAAGGAUUUCGAAUUUAUAAAUGAUACAAACUUGAUAGACACUAAUGGCGAAGACAUAAGUUUUGCUGAAGCCGUUAAUGACAUUAUUGAUAAUGAGAAUGAGAGAAUAUUGAAUGACAUUGGGGGACAGAGUAAAUCGAAUGGAGACUUUAGUAAUUUUAAUAAGACGGCUGAAAUACAAGUUUUGCAAGAAAAUGAGGAUAGUGAUAAUAUAAAAAGUGAAAUAAUACCCAUUGAUAUUAAUAUUAUUAAGAAUGAAAGUAUCGAAAACAGGUCUGUGCUAAUAGCAGUAUCCCCAAAUAAUGUUACAAAUAAUAAAACAAAUAUAAAAGUUGAAAUAGACAUUGAUAGUAAUAGUAAUAGUAAAAAUGACGCCACAAUACCGAAAUCACCAAAUAACAAAUCAGAAAUUGAGCACCAAAAGAAAGAAAAAACAAGGAAUGAUCUAGAUUCUAAAAUAUCCGAAAUGGAGGAGAAAGCCAUGAAAAAGUUUAAGGGUUCCAUAUUGGACAGUUUAUUUUAA